AUGGCGACCGCUGACAUCAUUGUACUCGGUGCUACCGGGUUUACCGGACGCCUGAUCGUCGACUACCUCGCGCACCACCCGCAGCGCGCGUCCUUCACUUUCAGCGUCGCGGGGCGUUCACUCGCAAAGCUCGUCGCGCUCAGGCAGAGAUAUGCGCUUGACCACACCGUGAAAUUCUAUCCGAUGGAUGUGAGCAAGCAGGAGCAGGUCGAGGAGGCGGUCAAGAGCGCGCGAGUGGUCAUCAGUACAGUGGGACCAUUCAUGUAUUGGGGUGAAACGGUCUUGAAGGCGUGUCUGAAGCACCGAAGACACUAUGUGGACCUGUGCGGAGAGACGGCGUGGAUCAGGGAGAUGGUCCUGAAGUACGACUACGUCGCCGCCAAAGCCGGCGUGCUCCUCAUACCUUCCUGCGGGUUCGACUCCGUGCCCGCGGACCUCACCGUCUACCUCGCCAACAAGACCCUAAAGGCGGCUGCUGGCCCGCAGGCGUCGCUCGGGGACUCGCUCUCAGUCUACCGCGCAAAAGGCGGGUUCUCCGGAGGCACGCAGGCGUCGUUGAUGGCCAUCGUGGAGAACGUGCCGAUCGACAAGCUGCAGGAGGCUUCGGUCGACUACGCGCUGGCGCCUGCGACUGGCAAGCCGGGCGUGAAAGGCAGGCUCUGGUAUGAGAUCCCGUUCUCCGACUCGAAGCGGUACGCGAUGCAGUUCUUCAUGGCCUCCGCGAACCGCGCGAUCGUCCAGCGUUCGUGGGGCCUCAAUACUGUAGCCGCGGCGGCGACGGCGGCGAAGAGCGCAUCACCCGGGGAACAAGAGGAGCUCGCGCGGGCGCAAUACGGAGCGGAGUUCACGUACGACGAGUGCAUGGAGCGGUGGUCAGCGAAGGGCGCGCUGGGACGGUUGAGUGUCGCAAGCGCAAGUCUGAUGUUCGUGGUGACGAUGGCGAUGUUGCUGCUGUUCCCUCCGGUUCGGUGGCUCUUCAAGCGGUUUGGGAUUCCACCGGGCCAGGGCCCGUCCAAGGAGAAAAUGCAGACAGGCUUCUUCGAGAUCACGAACUACUCAAAGUCAGUCCCAGCCCCCGGUGCGCCUGAGGUGCACAUCAAGACGGCCAUACACGGGCGGGGCGACCCAGGCUACCUUCUCUCUGCCAAGAUGGUCUCCGAAUGCGCGCUCGCGAUCGCACUGGAAAAGGAUAGGCUCCCGCGGAUGGCGCAGGGCGGUGGGAUUCUGACACCAGCAACGGCUUUCGGCGACGUGUUGGUGAGGAGGCUGGAGGGGACCGGGGCGUUCUCGUUUGAGAGCCAUGUCUUCUCGCCGGAGGAGGAGAGCAGGAAGCAGCGAUGA